AGAUUUGUAAACCAAAAAACUUUAAGACGUGGCAAAAUAAAACCCUAAAACUAAGCACCAUUUCCUUUUUCUCUCUUCCAUUUUCUAUUCUACACGCUACGGACGCAACACUGAACUCUCCUUCUCAUCGCCGACGCCGACGCCGUCCGACCAAUCUCACUCACUCUUUCUUACUUUCACGUCUCCUCUGCUCUCAAAUCUCGUCUUCUCCAAGGGACCAGUGCUCGACUCCUCUCUCAGGUCUCAUCUCGUCCCCGCUGACUGCGUUGCCGCUUGCGGCGCAAACGCAUCUAAUUUUUUGUGAUUUGUGAACUCAACGCGCGAAAAAAGCUCUUGAUCUUUAAGCUUAGGAACAAUGGCCAGCGGUUCUGAGCAUGAUCGUACUAAUGAACCAGUGAAUGAGCAAGCAGUUGCAAAUGUUUACGCAGCUAUGAGAUCUGAAUUAAAUCAGAUUUACUCAAAGAUAACUGAAUUGGAGAUGGAAGUGAGCGAGCAUUCACUGGUCAUAAAUGCCAUUCAGCCUCUUGAUCCCUCCAGACGGUGCUACAGGAUGAUUGGUGGUGUGCUGGUGGAAAGAACAAUUAAAGAGGUCCUUCCUGCUGUCCAACGCAAUAAGGAGGGUCUUGAGGAAGUGAUUGCUCGACUUAAUGAGGCCUUGGAAAAGAAGAAAAAAGAAAUUGCUGACUUUGAGACAAAAUAUAAAAUCAGGAUAAGAAAGUCGGAUGGUGAGACGAGAGACGAAAACAACCGGAAAGAAGGUUCUUCUCAAGGAGUCCUUGUGGGGUCUGCUAGUUCAAGCAAAUGAGAGAUGGGCAUUGUAUUUCUCUCCCUCUGCUUUUUGGCGAUUUCGAAUCUGACAUUUCCUUCAUUUUUUUCUGUUAAGGUGUAAUGGGUGCUUAGAAUAUUGAGGUGCUUGGUUGGUCAGAACAAUAGAAAUGUAACAAGAUAUAUCUGUAUAUGAGUUGUGCUUGACUUUUCCUGCUACCAGCAUCAAUCUGAGAUAUCAUCUUGAAGAAGAUGCUAUGAACUAGCUGGAGCAAGAUCACGAUCACACAUUUUGAUUCUCAAUGCAAGACUGUCUAAGCUUAGCGGGUAAAUUGGACCACUGUCAAUUCUAUUAUCUUGUUUGUCUGAGCAUUAUCUUAGAAGCUAGUGCUUUCACUUUCCUUCCCCCCCCCCCCCCCAUUUUCUUUUGAGUUAUCAGAGAGCUUGAAUUCCUGGGCCUUUGCUUAACUUGUACUCCUAGAACUGUCUGAUUGUUCACGUGAAUGAAAAAUCCUGCAAACAAUGUAAAAAACACGAUGCUGAUUGCCAAA